CUUCGCGAAGCGAAUGUCACGUCUUUAUUGUUAUCUUUGGAAUAAGCAUACAGUCAACAGUGUGUGUUUAUUGUUUUGAAAGAAGUGGUUGUGUUAUAAUAGAUUUCAGAUGAGGUGCAGGAUAAUAGGUACAUAAAGUGGCAAGGAAGCAAGAGCUGAACAAUCUUUCACUAGGACUCACAUCUGGUUCUUGCAGUUGCUGGCAAGAUGAACAUAAUGCAGGCACUCAAUGUAGCCAAGCAGGUAUGCCAGAUUCAUACUUCAGCGCGACCCCAUCAAAUAAUCAAGCUUACAAGGAUGAGAGUUGUGGAUAAUAGUCAGAUCGGGAAACUGGCCAUGGCUGAAGGGAAACCACCAAGAUGUAUUCAUGUUUACAACAAGAAAGGUGUAGGCACUAUUGGUGACAAGAUACUGGUUGCAAUCAAAGGACAAAAGAAGAAAGGCGUGAUAGUUGGUGUGAAACAGAAGCAGCCACCUUUGGUGCCUAAAUUCGACAGUAACAAUUUGGUGCUGAUAGAUGAUAAUGGAACUCCACUAGGAACACGCAUUCAUGUGCCCAUACCUACAGUUCUACGUCGCAUUCUGAAAGAGCGUACACAUGCAAAAGGCACGGAUUAUACAAAAUUGUUAGCUAUAGCAACUAGAUUUGUGUGAUGUAUUGAAAUGGUAGAACUGUACAAAUAUUUUGCUUCUGGCACUGUUAAAAGAUGAUGUACUAUACUGUCUUCGCAAAAAAAUAAAAAGCAUUUAGCUUACUUUAUCAGUAUGGAUACUGAAAAGUGAGUUCCAAAAAUUACGUACAACUUGUGACCUCUGUCCAACUGGAUCUCAAGCAAUGAGGGUAGCAGAACCGAGGAGUCCCUCAACCCAGCUUCUGACAAACCCAAAUGAUACAUUUUUUUAAAAAAAAUAUUAGCAACCAGUAACCCCUCAUCCCUGAUUCUUUAAAGACUUAAACUUCCAUGUAUCAAACAUCUUCAAAUAAUGGAUGAGUAUAGUCUGGGUAAUUUGAGCUCCAUUCUAAGAAAAGCUAGUUUUUCACGGAUCUCAAUUUUUGAUAUCCCUUAACUAUGUGUCAUAAAAUAUAAUUUUACAGAGUCAGUGACUGGUAUAUGCAUCUGCAAAAUGUAUUGCAAACAAGAGUGAGUGGUGAAAUACUAAUUAAUUAAAAUGUCAUGUCUGCCCUGAUACUGAAGCUUUACUGUGUGAACAGCAAAAGUAUAGUAU